UUAUCAACGAUAAGUCCAAAAGGUACAAAGCCAACGUGUGAACAAACAAGAAGCGGACUUUCAAGGUUGGUUGAACAAAAAUAUAUGCAAGAUUUAUGCUGAAACAUACCUUAUUCCUUUUUUGGCCAUCAAAUUCCACAAGCGCACAAGAUUCCACAUCUUUACUUACCUGGGAAAUUUCUUCCUGUGAAGAUUAAAUGGACCGACAACACAGCCGGGAGCAAGCCGAAAUCACCACUCCUCGUGGAAAUGAAGAGGUUAGUAGCAUUGAGUGGAAAUUUAUCAAAAUGACUGAACAGGAAGAAGAUCUCAUCUACAGGAUGCACAGGCUUGUUGGAGACAGGUGGCAUUUGAUAGCUGGGAGGAUUCCAGGGCGGAAAGCAGAGGAAAUAGAGAGGUUUUGGAUAAUGCUACAUAAUGAAUGAUUCGCCAGCAAAGAAAAGAGCACAGCGGAAGAGAGUUUUAAAAAAAUUUGGUCUUCUGCAUUUAAUGGUUCUAAAUAGCUUCUUAUUUUGUGAUAGACUGGAAAAUACUUGUCUCUCUUCUUUCUCUUCUUCGCACUUAUUCUAUAAAAAGCCUUUAUUCAGUACCCUUGAUUCUAUUAACGCAAGGCAGGCAGGCAGGCAAACUUUUCAGGGAAAACUAUCAAAUUUUGUCUCAUCCAUGUUGGUUACUAAAUAAAA